AUGUACAUAUUGGCUGGCACAGACUACUUCUCUAGAUGGGCUGAAUCUGCUCCACUCAAGGAAGUAAAAAAGGAAACUGUUGCCAAUUUUAUCAAGUCGAAUAUAAAUUUUAGGUAUAGCAUACCAAGAUACAUAAUCACUGAUAAUGGAAUGCCAUUUGACAACAAGUUCGUAAGGAGUCUGUGCGAGAAGUUCGGUUUCAAGCAACAUAAGUCUUCAAUGUAUAAUGCACCUGCCAACGGCCUUGCUAAAGCUUUUAAUAAGACGCUUGAAGAAGUCCUUCCACUAGAGCAACAAAUUCCAUCACUGCGAAUCGCAAUCCAAGAAGGAAUCACAUCUGAAGAGAGUGCUCAACUUCACCUUGCAGAGUUAGAGGCUUUGGAUGAGAAAAGAUUGAAAGCGCAACAAAAAUUAAAGUGCUAUCAAGCUCGACUAGCUAGAGCCUUCAACAAGAAAGUGCGGCCACGAUCAUUCCAAGUGGGAGACUUAGUCCUAGCUGUUUGA